AUGAUGCAGUGGAACAAUUGGACCUUCAAUUCUGACUUCAUCAUGCUGGGAAUUUUUGAUCACAGCCUUCUUCAUAUUUUUUUCUUUUCCCUCACUCUGGGAAUCUUCUUCAUGGCCCGCAUGAGGAAUUCUACCAUGGUGCUUCUCCUCUACCUUGAUGCCCAACUCCACACCCUCAUGUACAUCCUUCUCAGCCAGCUUUCCCUCAUGGAUCUCACGCUCAUCUGUACCACAGUGCCCCAAAUGGCCUUCAAUUUCCUCUCUGGCAACAAGUCCAUCUCCAUGGCUGGCUGUGGAAGCCAGAUAUUUUUCUAUGUCUCUCAACUUAGAGCUGAGUGUUUUCUGUUGGCCUCAAUGGCCUAUGACCAUCAUGAGGCUAUUUGCCACCCAUUAAGGUAUUCUGUUCUUAUGAGUCAUAAAAUCUGUGGUCUCAUGUCUGCCUCUUCAUGGAUUCUUGGCUCCCUUGAUGGCAUUAUAGAAGUUGCAGCUGCAUUGUCUUUCUCAUAUUGUGGUACCAGAGAAAUACCUCACUUUUUCUGUGAUGUUCCAGCCCUGCUCACUCUUUCAUGUAGUGAUACCUUGACGAAUGAAACCUCCGCAACAGAGAAGAGCAUUCAUGAAAGUAUUAGGGUUGGAAAAGUCUACAGCGUAAAGUUUGCUGACUAUUAUGCUCUGUCUCUAGCCAUGCUUUAA